AUUGGAGACGAUGGAUUCACGUACUGCUCUGAAGGACAUCGUCAAUGGACGCGAGGUACACAAGUAGUUGAGGACACAGAUGGAGCGCCAUCAUUCGGUANNAAAAAGGCACGAAGGGCAAGAGAAGUCGAAGAAAACGUCGAGACUGCCUUCGAACACUACUUGUUGUGUUUUCAGCUAGUCUUGUGGAAACAGGUGCACUGGCUGGUCCAUACUAAACACCUCCCAAACGAGCUCGAAGUAAGCCACGACUUGCGUUUCCGUCGAGUACCAUCCAUACUGAUUUUGAUUCAGACGGUGAUACGUGAUAUCUGGGCUCUACGCCUGCAGAGUCUCCAAUCACGGGUCAGCUACGAGUCAGAGAGCGAGGCCGAACACAGUUCACAAUUCUACAGUUCCCAGUCUGAGGCCGAAAAAACUGAUGAUACAGCACACACACGUCGGGCAAGGGNNAAGAGCAAAAACGACGCUAUUCCCAAGCUUGUCGAUGCCUUGAGCAUGUGCUAUAUUGGCUGCUUGCUGCUCAGACUGCCAGUCACUGUUGGUGACUUGUACUCAUGGGCAGCUCGUGGUGACCUCAUCUACUACAGGGCCGUCAAAGCUCUAUCUGGGUCGAUGAAGUUGCGUUUACCUUUUAAUUACAACAAAAUUCUGGAUCCUCAAGACGUUUUGAGUCCAGGCGCAGUGCAACAGGCAGUCCUCGAUAACAUCACAGCCUUUGAUCGUGCCUUCGGCAUGGCUACACCACCUAUUAAUCACAUUCUUGUUCUCUAUCGAUGGAUCAGGAGCCUUGCGCUUCCAUUAGAGGUGUAUUCGGCGACCCUGCGUCUGGCCAAACUUCUCGAGAUCACAUUUGUCUAUGACGUCCAGGCAAAGCGAUCCUCAAGAUAUCGCAUUCUACAGUAUGCUGAACCUCGACUGAUGGGCGCACUUAUAAUCGCAACGAAGUUGUUAUUUCCUCCAGACAAUGUCAAACGCUAUCCAAAGAAUCCAACCGAGUUAUCAGCACUAACCAUGGACUGGUCAAACUGGAGCAAAGCACGAGCAGAAUACAAUGACACUAUCAAGUCAGGAACACCAUUAGGCUACCAAGAAGCCAUGCAAGUCCAGGAANAAGACAUACUGGAUAUGUCUGAUGACAAACUUGACGAGUACAUGGAUUGGUACGGCUCAGUCUUUGCAGAAGAGACUGUACGCGAGAAGGGGAGAAUAGGCAAGGAAGCCGAGUUUCGAAGAGCUUUGCUUCGCCUGUUCCCUGUCGAUCGCACUGUUCAAAGUACACUUGAUGCUAUGGAUGUAGAUGAGGAACAAGAGCCAAUGCCUGAGGAUGAGCGAUUGAGGAAGGUUCAGAGUAGUCUGAGACCCACUCGCGUCAAGCCAAACGCCAGAUCAACUGAGCCUGCAGUGAGCCGUCCGGGCAAUAGUUACAAGCGGUACCGCAACGUGGGAGAACUCGACGGCUACGCGAGAGAAUUUUACGACGAGGCUGCCAAUCUGGUUGCGCUGCCUCUGAACUCACUGGUCAAGUGUGUCUUCAUCUUGGAAAGGAGAUUGGAGAAAUGGGAGAGUAGUGAGAGGAAGAAAUAG